CCCCCUGGGAAAGUACAUAUCAGAGAGCAGCAGGCAGCUCCGCGCUCGCACUCCGUCUCAGCCACCACACCGCGCUCGUGUCUUUGCUCCUGACGCUGCCUAAGGGCCCCUCGCCACUGCCACCAUGGACGCCAUCAAGAAGAAGAUGCAGAUGCUGAAGCUCGACAAAGAGAACGCCUUGGAUCGAGCCGAGCAGGCGGAGGCUGACAAGAAGGCGGCGGAAGACCGAAGCAAGCAGCUGGAAGAUGAGCUGGUGUCACUGCAAAAGAAACUCAAGGGCACUGAAGAUGAACUGGACAAAUACUCUGAGGCUCUCAAGGAUGCCCAGGAGAAGCUGGAGCUGGCGGAGAAAAAGGCCACAGAUGCUGAAGCUGAUGUAGCUUCUCUGAAUAGACGCAUCCAGCUGGUGGAGGAGGAGCUGGACCGGGCUCAGGAGCGUCUGGCCACAGCUCUGCAGAAGCUGGAGGAGGCCGAGAAGGCUGCAGAUGAGAGUGAGAGAGGCAUGAAAGUCAUUGAAAGCCGAGCCCAAAAGGAUGAAGAAAAGAUGGAAAUUCAGGAGAUCCAGCUGAAAGAGGCCAAGCACAUUGCUGAAGAUGCUGACCGCAAAUAUGAAGAGGUGGCCCGUAAGCUGGUCAUCAUUGAAAGUGACCUGGAACGUGCAGAGGAGCGGGCUGAGCUCUCAGAAGGCAAAUGUGCCGAGCUUGAAGAAGAGUUGAAAACGGUGACGAACAACUUGAAGUCACUGGAGGCUCAGGCUGAGAAGUACUCGCAGAAGGAAGACAAGUACGAGGAGGAGAUCAAGGUCCUUUCCGACAAGCUGAAGGAGGCUGAGACCCGGGCUGAGUUUGCCGAGAGAUCAGUAACUAAAUUGGAGAAGAGCAUCGAUGACUUAGAAGAUGAGCUGUACGCUCAGAAACUGAAGUACAAAGCCAUCAGCGAGGAGCUGGACCACGCUCUCAACGAUAUGACCUCCAUAACCUGGGGACCAAACUGUCAUCAGUCUCUGGCACAAGCACCUUUACCUGCUGAGUCAUCUCCCUGGCCCAGUUUUAUUUAUUUUAUGCAUGCCGUCAACACCCAGCAUGAAUCUCAUCCUCUUGAAGCACACAGAUAAGUUCUGAAUCAGUGUUGAGUGGAGAUAAAUACUUGCUUGCUGUGGGUAACACACCACUGAAAUCAGAGGAGAGUUCAGACUUUGCAUGUGCCCCUGUGUCUAGAGGGGAGUUUUUCGAGACAUGUCCUUAUGGCGGAAAUGGUAGUACUAACUCAGCACCACCCUGCACCUGAGCAGUGAGGAUGAGGUUCAAGAAGAGUGGACAGAAGUGGGCUGGUCAGGGGCUCACCUAGAAUCUCUGCGGAGCUCUAGCAAGGCAUGAGUGGCAGGGCCUGGCCUCCAGCCUGGCCUUAGUCCCCAAAUCUGUUGUCCCAAACUACACAAAGCUCAGGUCACAGGAUGGUUUUAGUGAGGUGCAAAAGGAACAUUGGUUCCUUCCUGCAUCCUGCACCUCCUUCCUUCUGCUCUACAUCUCCAUCAAGGUUCCAGCACUUUCUCCAUUCUCCCAGGCCUUGCCAUGCACUGUCGCAGGGCACACGGUAUAGGACCUUGGGUCAGGGUACACCACUGCUGUCCUGUGUAUCCAUGUUUUCCAGUCUGUUAACUGCCUCUCACUGACUCGAGCUAACCUCUUCUUCCUUCUGUCUCCUCUUUUCUGCUAACCCUUGCUGACCUGUCCAGACCAGCUCUACCAUCAACUCGAGCAAAACCGCCGCCUAACUAACGAGCUAAAGCUGGCCCUGAAUGAGGAUUAAAAAUUUGUGUGGAGAAACUUGGGCCAAGUUCUAGGAAUGGAGCCCAUGUUCAGGAAAUCUAUGACUCAUGGGAUUGAAAACGAUCGCUUUCUGCAGAAAUGGGAAGGAAAGGCAUUGGUUGGAAGACCAGUCUUGCCUUGUUUUCCUCUGUAUGUCUCAGUUAAAUCCCUAUUAACCCCCCAAAGUUUUUAUGAUAUAUUAUGUAUAUGUGAAAAUAUUUAUACCAAUCAAUUCAGCCCUUCCCACAUCAACAGGUCUACUUUGAACUGACUGAUAAUGAGGGCCUUUCCCCACCAAAAAAAAAAAAAGUUUUUCUAUUUCCUCUUAGCCAGCUGUGAGUCCUGCUUUAAAUAUCUAUUACAAAUGUGUGUCCCUAACAUCUUCAUAACAUGUAUAGUGUUUGAACUGUGAUUCAAUGUACCUAUGCUUGGGCAAAUAGCUUUUGAAAGCAGGAGCUCAUAUCAGAAGUCCCUGGUUGAAAGGUAUGCUUCGUUUAGCUUAACGGUGUUGGAUUCUGAUGGGUGUCAUUCUAAUAUGUAGAAUACCAUAAAAAUACUAAGAGACUGUCCUAAUGAAGUGUGCAUGAGGUGUGUCCAUAACCAUUUGUGAGCAGUAGAAAUAAACCAUUUAAAAAGUGGUUAGAAACCUAUUUAUGUCAUCUUCGUUUCUGUGAGGUUGUGUGCUCACACAACUACCAGAUCUUUAACUGCCUGUAACCCAGAAUCCUCUGCUGGUAUUAACUUCAGUUUGUGUAACAAUGCUCUCUACCUGUAUUUGGUUUCUGCCCCUCCCUUGUUCCCGCAGCACCCUGUGGGUGAGCCUUCACCAGACACACCCUGCCCUUGCCGUCAGGGUGGAUGGAUGGUGUAGGUGCACCCUGGGCCUUGUCUGGAAACGAGUGAUAUCUUAAGCAUGUAGAUUGUUGCUCCUCUUCUGUGUGUGCGACUGAUGUUUGCUUACUACGUGUGCAAACCACUACCACGUCUGGCGCACAGCUACUCAUGACUUAAUUUUCUAAUCCCA